AUGACUGCAAAAUAUAGAAGCAAUGAUUUAGAAGCUGAUAUUAAAAUGGAGCAGCCGCCUCUUAACUGUGCUAUUAAAAUGGAGCAACCUCAUCUUAACUAUGGUAUUAAAAUGGAACAAGCUCUUGAUUUAAAUAUUUCUUCUGGUCUAAAGGUGGAGCAAGCCUUAGAUUUAAAUAUGUCAUCUAAUCUAAAAAUUGAACAGGCCAUGGAUUUAAAUAUGAGCUCGGACAAAGUGAGAUCUCUUUGUUUAGCCGUCGAAUUAUGUGUUGUUUGCGGUGACAGGGCUUCAGGAAGACAUUAUGGAGCCAUCAGUUGUGAAGGAUGUAAAGGUUUUUUUAAAAGGUCUAUAAGAAAACAGUUAGGUUAUCAAUGUAGAGGUACAAAAAAUUGUGAAGUAACCAAACAUCAUAGGAAUAGAUGUCAAUAUUGCAGAUUGCAAAAAUGUUUAGAGAAAGGAAUGAGAAGUGAUUCUGUACAACAUGAGAGAAAACCAAUCAGUGAAAAAAAUUCACGAGAUCUAUCCAGUUUGAUUGCUUCAAACAAUAAUUCUCAACCCUUUUUGCCUACUGAUAUUAAUUCUAAAAUUUACUUAAGAAAGGAUUUAGAAAAUGCACCAAGUGCCUUUGCUGCGGCCUUUGGAUUGGCUGAUUUAGGUCUUUUGACUGCGACAACUUUGGGCAAAUCUUCAUGUAAGUUUAUUGAAAUACAUCUUCUAAUUAAAUAUAAUAUGUUUGUACAUUUAGGCAAUGAAAUUGUUAAAAGGGAAUCUCCCCAUAUGAGCGAUGAGGAAGAUUCGGCUGAAAGUGAUGUGAACGAGGAAUCAGGAGAUGCAUUAUCCUGGGCCCGAGAAAAAACUUUAAAGGAAUCUUUAGAUUUAUUGUCUAAAUUAUUAAACGAGAAUUAUAAUGCUAAUGAAAGUGCAACGGAAGAAGAUAGAAAGCCUUUAGAUUGUGAUGAAAGCCUUCUUCAAGAUUACCAUUCAACUUUUAAUUUACAAACUCCUAGUCCUGUUCCUGUACACUUAAAUGUGCAUUACGUUUGUGAAAGUGCUUGCAGAUUAUUAUUUCUUUCUAUCCAUUGGGCAAGAAGUAUCAGUGCUUUUCAAAAUUUAAGCCACGAUCUUCAAGUUGCUCUUGUUCGACGAUGUUGGCCAGAGCUUUUUGCUCUCGGUCUUUCUCAAUGUUCACAAAUUCUUCCUCUUAGAGCAAUGCUUGCUCCUAUAAUAGCUUACCUGAGAACGGCUGUGACUCAAGACACAAUGGCUGCUCAGAGAUUAAUUGAUAUUACCGAUCACAUCUUCAAGCUACACGAAUACGUUACCAGAAUGGUAAGUCUUCAAAUAGACAACCAUGAAUAUGCUUACUUAAAAGCUUUAGUAUUAUUCAGUUGGCAUUUGCCUGGACUACCAUUAGCACUUAAAAGGCAAAUCGAUCGAUUGCAAGAGAAAGCAUUGCAAGAAUUGAAAAGCUACGUGGCUAAAAAUAAUUCAGAGGAAGACAACAGAUCGUCUAAAUUGUUGCUGAGGCUUUUACCGUUGAGGUUUUUACAACCUCAAAUAAUGGAGGAAUUAUUUUUUGCCGGAUUGAUUGGAAAUGUUCAAAUCGAUAGCGUUAUACCAUACAUAUUAAGAAUGGAAGCAGACGAAUAUAGAGUCAGUUUAUUAAAUGAACAGGCUAGUCAAGGAUUCGAAACCUAA